UGGGCCUUGGCGGCGAGGAGCUGACCCUGCAGCCGUCGCUUCCCCGGCCGCCGGGGUCGUGGCGGACGCGCGCUGGGCUCCGAGAGCGCCAGGCCCCCACAUCCUUCUGGGGGCACCGUACCGGGAACGAGAGGGAAACUCUGGGGGUCAGCGCGCCUGGUCCCGGGAGAGUCGGGGGAACCUGUGGCCCGCGCCGCGCUGGUCCACCCGAGGGAAUUCCUGUUCAGGGCUCAUUUCUCUGGCAACAGGUCCAGGAUCACAGGAACAGCCUGGACACUUACUCUAUGCCAUGAUAUCUGAACAUUAUUAUGUAUUAUUUUCAAGCUUUGCUAAAGUGAUUUAAACUUUGGAGAUGCUUCCAUUAAUUGGAAAAACAAUUAUCUUUGAUAACUUUCCUGAUCCUUCUGAUACCUGGGAAAUCACUGAAACGAUCGGCAAAGGAACAUAUGGAAAAGUUUUUAAAGUGUUGAAUAAGAAAAAUGGUCAAAAAGCAGCAGUCAAAAUUCUGGAUCCAAUUCAUGAUAUUGAUGAGGAGAUUGAAGCAGAAUACAACAUAUUGAAAGCACUUUCUGACCACCCUAAUGUGGUCAGAUUCUAUGGCAUGUACUUUAAAAAGGAUAAAAUAAAUGGAGAUAAACUGUGGUUGGUCCUUGAGCUGUGCAAUGGAGGGUCAGUAACAGAUCUUGUGAAAGGAUUUCUGAAGAAGGGCAAAAGAAUGAAUGAGCUUAUAAUUGCCUAUAUUUUACGUGAAGCACUACUGGGACUCCAGCAUUUGCAUAACAAUAAAACUAUCCACCGUGAUGUAAAAGGAAAUAACAUCUUAUUAACCACUGAAGGCGGAGUUAAACUUGUAGAUUUUGGUGUGUCUGCACAGCUCACCAGCACUUGGCACCGUCGGAAUACAUCCGUAGGAACACUUUGGAUGGCUCCUGAGGUGAUUGCAUGUGAACAGCAGUUAGAUACCACUUAUGAUGCCAGAUGUGAUACGUGGUCCCUGGGGAUCACAGCUAUUGAGCUAGGAGAUGGAGAUCCUCCACUCGCCGACCUGCAUCCCAUGAGAGCACUCUUCAAAAUACCCAGGAAUCCACCCCCCAAACUGAGGCAGCCUGAGCUAUGGUCAGCAGAGUUCAAUGACUUCAUCAGCAAGUGCUUGACUAAAGAUUAUGAAAAGCGACCUACAGUGUCAGAUCUUUUACAGCAUAAAUUCAUUACUCAAAUUGAAGGCAAAGAUGCGAUGUUGCAAAAACAACUCAUGGAUUUCAUCAGCACUCAUCAGUGCACAGGAGGCACAGAAAAGGCCAGACAUGAACGUCUUUACACCAAGAAAAGUAACUUCAGCAGAUCUCUAAUUCCCAACCUCAAGGAUGUAGAUGAUUUAGCAACCCUAGAAGUUUUGGAUGAGAAUACAGUCUCAGAGCAGCUUGAGAAGUGUUACUCCAGAGAUCAGAUUUACAUCUAUGUGGGGGACAUACUCAUUGCUCUGAACCCUUUUCAGAGCCUGGGUCUUUACUCCACAGAGCAUUCCAAACUGUAUAUUGGAGCAAAGAGAACUGCCAAUCCUCCUCACAUUUUCGCCAUGGCUGACUCAGGAUACCAGUCUAUGGUAACAUAUAAUUCAGAUCAGUGCAUUGUUAUUUCUGGAGAAAGUGGUGCUGGAAAGACGGAAAGUGCUCAUCUUUUAGUUCAGCAGCUGACGGUGCUUGGAAAGGCUAAUAACAGAACUCUGCAAGAGAAGAUUUUACAAGUGAACAAUUUGGUGGAAGCCUUUGGCAAUGCCUGCACUGUCAUAAAUGACAAUUCUAGCCGCUUUGGAAAAUACUUAGAAAUGAAAUUUACCCCGUCUGGAGCUGUCGUGGGAGCACAGAUUUCUGAAUACCUUCUGGAGAAAUCCCGAGUUAUCCACCAAGCCAAUGGAGAAAAAAAUUUUCAUAUUUUUUACUACAUCUACGCUGGUUUAGCUGAGAAGAAGAAACUAGCCCAUUACAAAUUGCCGGAAAAUAAGCCUCCCAGAUACUUAGAAAAUGACCACAUCAGAACAGUACAGGACAUGACGAAUAAUAGUUUCUAUAAAUCCCAAUAUGAAUUAAUUGAGCAGUGUUUCAAAGUCAUCGGUUUUACGAUGGAGCAACUUGGAAGUAUAUAUAGUAUACUGGCUGCCAUCUUGAACAUUGGAAACAUUGAAUUUUCUUCUGUGGCAACUGAGCACCAGAUGGACAAGAGCCACAUUUCUAAUCAUGCAGCUCUGGAGAACUCUGCUUCUUUGCUUUGCAUUCAAGCAGAUGAGUUACAAGAAGCUCUUACUUCCCACUGUGUGGUCACUAGAGGAGAAACCAUCAUACGACCCAAUACUGUAGAAAAAGCUACUGAUGUCAGGGAUGCGAUGGCUAAAACCUUGUACGGACGCCUGUUUAGUUGGAUCGUCAAUCGCAUUAACAGCUUAUUGAAGCAUGACACAUCACCUGGAGGGAAUGAUGAUGAACUAAGCAUUGGCAUUCUGGAUAUAUUUGGCUUUGAAAAUUUCAAAAAAAAUUCCUUUGAGCAGCUGUGCAUUAACAUUGCAAAUGAACAAAUUCAGUAUUACUUCAAUCAACAUGUGUUUGCCUGGGAACAGAAUGAAUACCUAAAUGAAGACGUCGAUGCUAGAGUUAUUGAAUAUGAAGAUAACCGGCCUCUCCUAGAUAUGUUCCUGCAGAAGCCAAUGGGUUUACUGUCCCUCCUUGAUGAAGAAAGUAGAUUCCCCAAGGCCACUGACCAGACUCUUGUAGAAAAAUUUGAAGAUAAUCUGAAAUCACAGUACUUCUGGAGACCUAAAAGAAUGGAGCUCAGUUUUGGAAUUCACCAUUAUGCAGGAAAGGUCACCUAUAAUGCGAGUGGGUUCUUGGCUAAAAAUAGAGACACUCUUCCAACUGAUAUUGUGCUGCUUUUGAGGUCAUCAGAAAACAGUGUAAUUAGGCAGCUAGUCAGCAACCCUCUGACAAAAACAGGUAAUCUGCCACAUUCUAAAACAAAAAAUAUAAUAAACUAUCAAAUGAGAACUUCAGAAAAAUCAAUCAACCUGUCAAAGGGUGAAACUGGAGAAGCCACACGUUAUGCCAGAGAGACAACCAACAUGAAAACGCAAACAGUUGCAUCAUAUUUUAGAUAUUCUCUGAUGGAUUUGUUAUCUAAAAUGGUGGUGGGCCAGCCUCACUUUGUCCGCUGCAUCAAACCAAAUAAUGAACGUCAGGCAAGAAAAUAUGACAAAGAGAAAGUUCUGCUACAGCUUCGCUACACAGGCAUUCUGGAAACAGCGAGAAUUCGAAGACUGGGAUACUCACAUCGGAUACUUUUUGCCAACUUUAUAAAGCGGUACCACGUUCUCUGUUACAAGUGGUGUGAAGAGCCUCCAUUGAGCCCUGAUACCUGUGCCACCAUUUUGGAAAAAGCUGGUCUCGAUAACUGGGUUCUUGGAAAAACCAAAGUGUUCCUUAAGUAUUAUCAUGUGGAACAGUUAAAUUUAAUGCGAAAGGAAGCCAUUGACAAGCUUAUUUUGAUUCAAGCCUGUGUCAGAGGAUUUUUGGGUUCAAGAAGAUACAAAAAAAUACAGGAGAAGAGAAAAGAGAGUGCCAUAAUAAUACAGUCAGCUGCAAGAGGACAUCUAGCCAGGAAACAAAGGAAAGAAAUUGUUAACACAAAAAACACAGCAGUAGCAACCAUUCAGACUCAUGAUCAAGAAUUUGACUACAAGAGAAACUUUGAAAAUAAAAGGGAAUCUUUCGUGAAGAAACAGACAGAGAAUGCAAUCUUCACGAAUGAAACAGCUCCAAAUAAUAAAGGGAAUAUAUCUGUAGUGAAAACUUCCACUUUCAAAGCUGAGGAGGAAGCCACAAAGGCAAUGGAAAACAACAGAGGCUCUCAGACUCAGAAAAAAAUGAACAACCUGUAUGGAGAAGAGGCUAAGCAAGAAUUGUGUCUGGUGGGGGACCCUUGGGCAGAAGUCAGCCCCAAUAAGAACUAUAUGAAAGACUUGGAAGAAAAUAGUAAGAUAAGGAAAGUGGAAAAGGAGGACGCUGUGGUCCAGAAUUACUGUCAGAGGUAUACAGAGGAAAAAAAUUUUGAAGACUUGAAAGCAGCCUGUCUAGAAAGAAAGGCUGUAACAGAAAGGCCAAGUUACCCAGGACUUUGGUUAGCAGAGAAAGACACUUCAGCUUAUAAGCAGCCUUUUUAAAAAACUUUGGAACCUAGCCUGAGCCAGAGGUCGGUCUGUCAAAGUGCAAAUAGCAAGGAAAAAGAAAAGAAGACAUCUGUGGUCACCCAGAAAGCAUCUGCAUGUAGCCAUCAGAGAAGCCAUCUGAGGCAAGAAACAGUCCAAGAGGGGCAAGUUGAACCAGCAGUACAAGCCCAGGAUGAAGAAGAUAAAGCAGCGGUGUUCAUUCAGAGCAAAUACCGGGGCUACAAAAGGAGGCAGCAGCUAAGGAAGGACAGGAUGUCUUCUUUUAAAAGUCAGAAGGUUGUUGCAACACCGACAGAAGUAGCAAGAAAUCCUCACAAUUUGUAUUCCUAUCCCACAAAACUUGAGGAAUCCUGUAACAUCAGAAUGAAGAGUGACAAAGACUCAAAAGCAAUUUCAGAAAAAGCAGCAUGUGAUUUGGCAAUUUUUUCAAAACAGAUAUCAAAGCUAUCUGAAGAGUAUUUCAUUCUGCAGAAAAAACUGAAUGAAAUGAUUUUGCCACAGCAACUGAAGCCUCUUUAUCUGAGUGUCUAUCCUCAUAAGCCAAUUGCUAGACGAGUUUCUCCUCAGCAGUGUCUCUCAGGUAUCUCGAAAGGAGAAGAGCCAAAAAUAUUGAGACCCCCAAGGCGGCCCCGAAAACCCAAAACAUUAAAUAACCCUGAGGACUCCACGUACUAUUCUCUACUUCAUAAGUCAAUCCAAGAAGAAAAACGAAGACCAAGGAAAGAUAGUCAGGGAAAAUUAUUAGAUUUGGAAGAUUUCUAUUAUAAGGAACUUUUCCUCAGCCAUCCUGGACCAAAGGAACACAAUCCUAGUUUAAAAGAACGAAGAAAGCAACGAGAACUUCGGAAUCAAUGUUUUAAGGCUGAUGAAAGGUGCUGGGCGGUGGAGGACCUCGAGGAGGAGGAGGAGGAGAAUGGGCCCGCCGCCAACCCCUACGACUACAGGAGGCUCCUGCGCAAAACCUCCCAGCGCCGGCGCCUCGUGCAGCAGGUGUAGCCCCGCUGCUCCGCAGCCAGCGCUGUCGGGAUAUGUCCGAGACUGCGGGGCUCACCAGGGCCAAAGCGGGGGACACUCAGGCGCUGUGCCACCAGCUGUUCCUUGCUCUUUGAGCGGCCUGGCCAGCCUCUGGUGCUCGGAAGGCGCAAAACAGAGCCCUUCCGACGCCGCAUCUCUGCGCUGCCGCAUCCUCCAUUCCACAGCAUCCUCCACUCCCACCAGUCAGCCAGUUUUAGCAUCCCUGGCUCUGGCCUCCAGUGUGUCUCUUUGUUCACUUGUUUGCGAUUCUUUCUGUGGACCCAGCUGCGCCUAAGCUGUUGCCUGACGAUCCCUCAUUUCUCAUUUUGGGUGACUUCAGGGAUAUCCUCUUUCUUGUAAAUUGCUCUGCCAGGCCUUCCGGACCCUCUCCAAUGAGUUUAGUCCGUGAGAACAGAACAAAGCCCGUGGCGGGGUGGGGAGCUUUGAAGAUGGACUUCAUCCCAAACUCGCGAUUUCCCGUCCCUUGAUCAUUAAGGUUAUUAAAUAAAGGAAGUGCCUUGGAACAUCGGUGGCUUUAGGGACUGGUCUACUGGAUUUGGGCCCAGGCUCCUACUGUCUGGUUGUGCAGGUGGCAAGUGGCAGCCCCAGGGAGGAGGAAGUGCCUUCUGUCUCAUCAGCAAACAACCCCUCACCACCACCACAAGCCAUCCCAAACAAACAUACCGUCUAACUUAAAACCCCAUACUUGAGACACAAAUGUGCCUCUAGACUAAUCUCCAAAUCCAAAAGAACUGAUACACCCGUGUACACACACGUACUCGCGCGCACACGCACACGCACAAGCACACACCUUCCUACCAAUGUGACUUCCUUUGGCCCUGCCUGUAAAAAUUCUGGUCCUGUCACUGAGUUGAACUGUCAGACUUCUGAGGUUCUCCUAGUCUGCAGAUUUGAGGCCGUCUCUGCUGCUCUGAAUUUUGUCAUAUUUGAGAUGGAGGGGAGUGUGGUGGGGGGUAGCCAUUUGCCUUCCUCAGUUGACUGCAUUUUAUUUUAAAACCCAGGUUAAGCUCUUCUAUGCAAGUGACUUCUGCGUCUGUGCAGCCUGGAGAGAGUGCUACAAGGUGGUGAGGUGGUUUCCUGGAAGAUUGAGUUGGGAGAUGGGUUCUGGCUGGGACAAGUCUUGUCCCUUCUGCCAGUGUCACUGACUCCUGCACCCACAGUCCUGAGCCAAGAGACUUGGGGGGAAUAUUAGAGAAGAGAAGGAGGGCACUUGCAGUCGGCUAGCCUUUUGUUGCACCACUUGCCUGGUGGGUGGUAAGGUUUUCUCCAAUCCAGAGAGCACUGAAAGGUCCCCAGUGGUGACUAUUACAACCUCUUUUUUUUUUUUUUUUGCUAAGGGGACUCACAUGAGGGGAGGGGAGGGCUGAGCUCUGAGGCCAAGCGGACUCAGGCUCUGCUCCUUAACCUGGGUUCACACCAAGGCCUCCACCCAGGGUUGGAACCUGGAGAAAGGAGCCACCUCAGUGGUGCAGACCCAUGGCACAGAUGGGACAGGCUGCAGGCUGGACCUGGCCCAGGCAUCCAUGAAACCAGCACUGCAGGAGGAUGGGGGUAGAAGGGGGAAGGGUACCUAUACCCCAAGGUUCCCAUCCCCCUCUGCCACUACCUAUCCAUCCACCCGUCACCAAGAUACCUUAGGAGCAAGAGAAAAAGCCUCUGUUUCAUUGUCAGGCCCCUCCAAUCCUAGCUCCCUGAGUGGCCUCUGCAGAUUACAGCCCUGGCAGCUUGCCGAUUUCUGGAUAGGGAGGCAAUUGGGCCCCUCCCUAAAAUCCACAUACACCCCCUUUUAAAUGGGACUAGAAAAGAAUAGCAAAUGCAUGGUGAAAGGUUGCAAUGUUUACGUUUUCCUUUUUUCUUUUGAAUUUCUUUGUUUUCUCUCCUUUUUCCUCCUUCCGUCUUUUCUUCUUUGUCCUUUGAGAUACUUAAGCACAAAGACAACACAAGGGAAACUUGAACCUGACGCUCUUCUUUAGCAGACCUGCAACGCGAUUUCUGGGUAAACCACAGACAAGAAAUAGGUCAACCAAGGAAACAGCCUGUCAGGCAGCCCCUGGUGCGUAGGUCUUGCUCCUUUUAUUUGAGGAAGGGCCUUCGAAAGCUUUUCCUUAGCGCUGGCCCUCCUCCCCUUCCCAUUCAGUGGCUGCCUCCUUUGUGAACUAAUGACUGUAAUUAUUACCUCCCAGAGCUCUUUUGUUAUCUCCAACCCCAAGCCAGAGUGAGGGGGGGAGUGGGCUCUUCUGCAAAAUGAAAGUCUUUAUAAAGCAAAUUGCCGUCUAGGGAGGGCUGUUGUUCAGGAAAGACAAAUCAGAUACCACGUGCCUCUGAAGAGGGUGUGUUAAAUAAAAAAUGUAAGUACUACCAUUAGAUUCAAAAUUCUCCAGGGUUGUGAGAUUUAAUGCAGUUUAAACAGUGUAAGUCAUCGAGGCUUUUUUAAUCUAUUAAAUUCUGGUGGUGUGAUUUCUACCUUUCUCUCGUAUUUUAAUGUUUCUUUCUUCGCAAUUUUGUGUGUGUGUUAAACGCUCGUUUUAAAGAACCUUUUUGUUUUCGACCACUCAUCUAUCGUAGAAAAGUUCUGCAACUCCAGCUUGCUGACUUGAAUUGAAACAUUUGCAGCAUUCGGUGUGGAUUUAAACAAAGAACAGGUCUCUUGGACUCUUGUCUGCACUGCUGGGGAAGGAGCUGCAGAGCCGCCCUGCCAGCGGCACGGAUGGCCGAACCACGAAAUCCUUACACCCCAGGAGUUAUUACCUGGAACUACUGAAGCAUUGGGGCCAGGAGCGCAGGAAAGAGGGAUAGAACUCAGGCCAAGAUUGGUAACCAUCGCGGGGCUGCAGCCUGGUGCGCAGGCUUCUCGGAGCAGCAAGUUCUUCCAACAAGCCUAAGGCAGAACCAGCACCCUUUCCCACCCCGAAUCCCUGCCAGGUCCGGCAGCCACAAUGCAGAUUCUAGGGCCCCUCCAGGCUGCUGCAUGUGGGAAGAGGAAAGAGCUUUGUGGACAGAAUUGACCAGGCCUUCCCGCGCCUGGGGGCACAGGAGUUGGGCUUGCAUGAGGGUGCUUUGGGUCCCAUGACACCCUUCCUAAGUAAAGGUCGAGGAUAGCCAAGGCUGAGGAUCCGUGGGUCUCUGCUUUAGCAGGCGCUUUGGUAACUUGGUUCAGAGAUCAGACAGAGAAAGAACGGCCUGUGAACACAAUGGAAAUGAAAAGUGCCAGCCCAAAAGGAACAGGAUGCUGGGGAAUGCGCUCCGAGGGAGGCUGGACACAGCCUUUUCCCUUUCUCGCCCUCUCUCCCCUCACACAGGAGCUGCAAGGUGUACUAGACUGCGAAGGGAAAGCAGCGAGAACUCAACGGGCCCCAGAUUCUCAAGGCACCUUCCCUUUGUUUAACAGCUUGCAGAGAAAAGACGAGAGAUUAUAACUUUCUCAG